AUGGGCACACGCGGGCCCUAUGCACUGGUGGACACCACGCCGGCCAAGACCAUCUUGGUGUACCGCAACGGGGACCAAUUCUAUGUGGGCCGCAAGUUCGUGUUCUCACGGCGCCAGGUGGCCAACUUCGAUGCUCUGCUGGAGCAGCUGACCGAGCAGGUGGAUGUGCCCUUCGGUGUGCGGAGGCUCUACACGCCCACGCGCGGCCACCCGGUGCUCGGGCUGGACGCCUUGCAGACUGGUGGCAAGUACGUGGCUGCAGGCCGCGAGCGCUUCAAGAAACUGGACUAUAUUAAUAUAGUUCCCAGAAAACCUUCAAAGAUGAGAAAAGUGAAGGAAAUCAAGCCGGUGGUACAUUGUGAUAUCAACGUGCCUUCCAGGUGGCAAACACAGAACAGGACAUCCCGACACAUAAAUGUUUUCACAAAUGGAAGAUUAUUUAUACCACCUAUAAAAAUUAUUAUACCCAAAUUCAGCCUGUCAGAUUGGAAUAAUGUGCUGGCCAUGAUUGGAGAAAAAGUCUUCCCUCUAGGAGGCGUGCGGAAGUUGUUUACAAUGGAUGGGCAUCUUUUGGACAACUCAAAGGAUCUGCAAGAAAAUUAUUUUUAUGUUGCUGCAGGACUGGAGACUUUCAAAUUCAUUCCUUACUGGAAGUCCCCACGGGUACCCAGUGAGGUUCAGCAGAGGUUUGUGGGCAAUGAAAAAUACACACGGACAAAGAAAAAAGUGGAGCCCAAAGCAAAAGAACCUCUCAAAAAUGACAGCAUACCACCUAAAAGCCAGGAUUCUGUUUAUUAUGCCAAAGAGAAAAGGAAGCCAGCUCCGGGACCUUUAGUUCAAAGUGGUGCAGAAGGUGAUGUGUAUAAGGCACAGAGUCCCCCCAAGGAGGCCCAAGAAGCACUGGAAGUCAGGGAGGACCCAGAGGUGAAGGUGGAGGUUCCAGUUGACCAGAUACCAGCCGAAAUUGUUAAAGAAAUUGACGAGAUGGGCAACAACCCUGACCUUGAAAGAGGUGUGGAAAAGGAAGUGGAAAGGCUUUACGAGGAUAUCGACAGAAAGGGAGACCAUUCACGAAUGUCUUUUAAGAAAAGGUUUCCCUUAAGACACUACAGAAAGAGAAAAGGUAUAAAACGGUGAUUAGGACCGCAGCAUGGUGCAAAGGAGAGCAAGUCCUGAGCCUGCAUCCCAAAGACCUGAUAGCAGCCCUGGACCUGCUGUCGAGGGGCUGUGUCAACACAGACCAGUUGCAGGGGCCCCAUGUCU